UGCAUUAUUUGUGUAAUUUACGUGAAGGAUUUGGUGCGUAAUGGCAACGCGUAUAUAUUGUAUAAAUUAUGCUACCACGGUCUCUAUGUUAAAUUGGCGCGAGAGAUGUUCUUCUAAUUAAGUAAAGUUACAUCUGGAGAGGAUGCGGAAAGAUUGUAACGACAUCGUUAAUUUCACGCACGCGUUACAAUUCCAUCCACAAUGUGGUAAUUGUUUUCCCUCGUAUACGGGAAAUAUUGCCAUUUCCACGCUUAUUGCAUCAACACCGAGCGAGUUCUGGUGAGCAGUUAGGGUGAAGUAUACGGGAGGAACAUGGAAUUACGUUCAGUUAAGCGGGAAUUUAAUCAUGACCCACGCGUAAUUUUUCAUAAGUCAGUUUUCCCUCUGCUGCGAGUCAUAAUGGUGUUUACCGACAAAUGUAAUAUUAUUGUCAUAUAUGUUUCAUUCUAAUUCUAACUAUUAACUAUUAACUAUUGACUAUUAACUAUUAAUUAUUGUUUUAGAUAUGAAAUUAAAUGAUGUUGAGCUUAAUUUAAAUCACUUCGUGCGUAUUUUAAAAUAAUUAAAUUAAAUGAGUAUUAUAUAUUACUUUAAUAUUAUCAACGUUUUAACAAAAUGAUACAGUAGCUCUAAUACUUUAAAGUAAAAUUAUUUUUGCAUGAUUUUAUUGUUAUAGAACAUGCGAAUAUUUUUAUAUUAAAUAUAAUUGCUUGCAUCUCUUUUUUUCUCCUUUUUCUUUAUUUUAUUUGGUAAAGAGUUAAAGAUGCUUAAUAAUCGAUACUUAAAGAAAGGAAAAGAACAGAGAAAAAGAAAGAGAAAAAUAUGGACACAAUUUAUUAUAAUAGUAUUGAAAUCGCACAUUAUACGCACAGUUAUUAUUUAUCAUCAAUUACAUUUAAUACAUCUUGGACACAAGACUGAAUUCUGGAAUUAAGUUAAGCAAAUACGAACGAUUUCACUGUUAUUUGGCCUCGCCCGGAUUAAGCCGCAAGCUGAAUAUCGCUCCCGCAGCAACGUGUCGUUUCACUAUACGUAAAUAGCUUCCUCCCACCCCCUGUCUGGCACCCUCCACGCAUUGCAUCAACAUUCGAGAUCCCGCCCGCGCUUUCAUUAUGGGGGAGCAGGGUGCCGAACAAGAUGCAAUGAAGACGGCGCAAGGGGAAGCAGGGAGAUAAGGCAACCGUCUUUCAUCCCUCACAUGCUUAAACCCCGACAUCCCUCGUCGCAACGUGUGAAAGUCCUGACCCUUACAGUACCGUGGGCCGCCGUCGCAGCCGCCACCGCCGUCGUCGUCGUCGUCGUUGGCGGCGUAUUCGCCGCGGUAUCCAUAGUGACGGAGCACAUGCGCGAUGGGGUGACUCGGGCCAUCCACCGUGGAGCACACCACGGGGGUGGUUUUUCGUGUUGGCACACCCGGGCUGUUGGCUGGGCGGUGUCUGCGGCCUUCACUUUCCUCCCGAAAAUCGAAGGCUACGGGAGUUGAUAGCCGUCCCUUUUUCCUCUGUCUUUCCUCUCCGUCACCUUCGUUUUUUCACCCACCGUCACCGUCCUUAUCCUCUCUCCUUUCUUCUUUCCCCUUUCUUCGGUUCUUCGCUUCCUCCACCAUCACCACCACCUGUGUCUUGAUCUCUUCUUGUUUUCAUCUCCUUCAUUUUCUCCCCUCUUGUCACCGCUUAAUUUCUCGCCACGUCAGUCGGGUUGUCAUCACUUCUGUAUUUUUUUCUCCUCGUACACGUGUUAAGAGGGACGCGCGAGGCCGUAUGGUUGCAUCCGCCGCAACGCGGUGUGCACGUGUCGAAACGAAGCAAAGAAAAAUACAAGUGAAAGUGUCGCACCCCAAGCGGUUUCAACAGCUCCCGUUCUGUGCACGGCAAUCGCUUGCUCAGCGCUUGCAGCAGUCCGGAACUUUCUUACGUCGUUCUACACUGAUAGAAGACUCUUGAGACUUGGAAGACUCUCGAGCGAUCUCGACAAGCGACCGUCAGGCCCCGCUUCCGGCCGAAGUGUCGGAGAGGCGGCAUCGAAUCGGAUCGAAGGAUCGGGCGGCGCGUGCAUGUAAUGCAAGUCAAUCGCUUCCGCUGCGCUAGUGAAACUUCCUGAUCACGUGAGCCAGCAGCGAGGGUGGCGAGGCGGUAAAGGAGGUGCCGUGGUGCCGAGUGCGUCGUAGUCAGCGAUACGACCACCAGCAAGACAUACGUUCUCCCGCGUGGGAAGCCACUGAUGGAUUCUCCGAUUUUCACCGACUAACGAAGGCGACCCGGCGUGCGCGUCGAUCGAUCAUCCGAGGACCGCUCUACCCCGAAGAUCGGCCGCCAGUCUCGGUCGUUCCGCGGCGAGGUUCCGACGCGUCGCGUCGAUCCUCCGGCGUGUCUGACAAAUCUCGGUCAUCCUGCGGAUGAUUCACGCAUGGGAGACAUCGCUCGUCUCGAUCUUUGUCAUCAUGAGCAUGAGGAAAUACACCAUGCCGUGCGUAACGGUGGAACAACUGACGCGUGACAGCAACUCGGCGCGCGGCCGUUUGCGACGCGAUCGGACAGUCGACGGCGCGGUGAUUUAAAUAGACACGCUGCGUGUGCUUUUUUUAUUUCGCCGACAACACGCGACUCCAACCAAGCCGAAGCCAAGCGAAGCGGACCGCACCGAAUCGGAUCGACCGUGCGUAAUUACGGCCAAGCGUGUAAUCGCCACCUCCGACGAAUCGCGCGAUGUGUGCAUCCAGUUUCGAUCAAGAAUGACCUGAUUGCAUCCUCGGAGCUAGGAUCGAUUCUGGAGAGCGUCCGUCGUCUUUCCGUCGUCUCUCCCUUGUUCUUCCCUCUAUCUUUGCCGCCUCUGUAUACCCAUCGUCAUCCGGUGGAACAUUGCGGCCCGCAGAAGCGGAUCCUCGCGGUCGGCGCGGAUGACACCACUGCCAGAUCGAUCACUGUCAAGUAGAUCGUGCGCGCUUUCGCGCAGCUUCGUAAAGUACCUCCCUAAGUGUCGGCGAACCGAUAAACUUUCUCGAUGUUUGACAAGUUUUCCAAUCUUUGUGUCUAUAAAGUAUCGUGUCAUCUCUGGUAUACUGAUGGAAUCAAACUUCGUCUUCCUUCUCUGAAGUGUAAUGUGAUCGUGUUUCAUUCGCAUAUUAUAUUAAUGAAAGAUAUAUGCAUAUUUAUGAUUCUCGAUGUUAAAUAAUUAUACGAACGUUAUUGGAAAUGAUAUUGUUCAAGUGUCUUAUCUCGUUGUGAUAGAAUAUCAUGUAUUUUCCAUAUGCCACGUGUGCAUCGAUUAAGUCUUAAAUUAUUGAAACAAUGACUGUUGGGAUGACUGUUAUCGACGCGAUUAAAUAAAAGAAGAAUACAAGAAGAAAUCUAGCGAGGAAGAACGUGCGCAAGAUGUCUUGCAAUUUCUGAGCGUAAUGCUUAUCUUUGACCUGUAACAAUGACGAAAGUACGAAAAAAAUACGUCGUAGUAACAAUAUGAAUUAUGCGGGAAUAUGCAUCGGUCACUCGUGGCCAAUCCAGACUGUGAAUCGUCGUCCGUGUUUUCAAAGAUGUACCUGACUGUACCCGCAGUGGGACACUAAGUAUUUUUUGUGGAUAUUGAAGCUAGGAUUAAAUUUCAUCGAGUUUAUAAUUCAAGAGAAGAAAUGAUGCGUAUGUUGCACGUCCUUCUGACGGCGAGUGCAUUCGUCGUCUUGAUCAGUGACGGUUCAAGAACACUGACUGGAACUCAUCAAGAAUGGAGCAACAAGAGCAGCAGCGGCAGCAGCAGCAUCAACAACUCGCUGCCGAAGCUGACCGUCGGUCUGAUAGUGCCGCACACGAGUUUCAGCGUGCGCGAGUACACGAAGGCUGUUAACAAAGCCAUCGACAAUCUGCACAAAGGUCACGCCAAGAGGAAGGAUCAGUCCAGGUUCACCUUUCUGGACAAAUACCAGUUCGUCCAGCGUCAGGUCAUAAAGACCAUGAUGAAGCUCACACCGAGUCCGACAGCGAUCCUGGACUCGCUUUGCAAGGAGUUCCUCUCGGCGAACGUGUCGGCUAUCUUAUACCUUAUGAACUACGAACAAUACGGGCGCAGUACGGCCAGUGCUCAAUACUUUCUCCAAUUGGCCGGUUACCUAGGAAUCCCCGUGAUCGCAUGGAACGCCGAUAACUCUGGCCUCGAGAGGCGGGCGUCGCAGAGCAGUCUGCAGCUGCAGCUGGCACCGUCGUUGGAGCAUCAGACCGCGGCGAUGCUGAGUAUCCUGGAGAGGUACAAGUGGCAUCAGUUCAGCGUAGUCACCUCGCAAAUAGCUGGUCACGACGACUUCAUACAGGCGGUCAGGGAGAGAAUCUCCGACAUGCAGGACACAUUCAAGUUCACCAUACUGAGCGCCAUUCUGGUCACCGAACCGCACGAUCUGCUGGAACUAGUCAACAGCGAGUCCCGCGUGAUGCUGCUCUACUCAACUAGAGAGGAGGCUAUUCAUAUCCUGACCGCUGCCAGAGACUACAAAAUUACUGGCGAGAAUUACGUGUGGGUUGUCACGCAGAGUGUUAUUGAAAAUCUACAGACCCCAAGUCAGUUUCCAGUCGGGAUGUUAGGUGUGCACUUCGACACCAGCAGCGAAAGCUUGCUAAGCGAGAUCACAACAGCGGUCAAAGUCUACUCUUACGGUGUCGAGGACUUCAUCAAUGAUCCGAGCAAUGUGAAUCUUAGUCUGAACAGUCAGCUGAGCUGCGAGGGCGCCGGUGAAUCACGCUGGAGCACUGGGGAUCUGUUUUUCAAAUAUUUGAAGAACGUUUCCGUUGAGGGCGAUCACGGAAAGCCAAACGUGGAAUUCACUCAAGAUGGUGUAUUAAAAGCGGCAGAGUUGAAAAUUAUGAAUCUAAGGCCAGGAGUCAGCAGGCAGCUUGUCUGGGAGGAGAUCGGCGUCUGGAAGUCCUGGGAGAAGGAGGGUUUAGACAUCAAGGACAUCGUUUGGCCGGGCAAUACCCAUACGCCUCCACAGGGAGUGCCGGAGAAGUUUUACCUCAAAAUAACCUUUCUGGAAGAGCCGCCCUACAUCAAUCUUGCACCGCCCGAUCCUGUGACCGGAAAAUGCCUGGUGGAUCGCGGUGUUCACUGUCGAGUGGCCAAGGACUCCGAUAUGGUCGAAAUGGAUAUCCAGUCGGCGCAGAAAAAUGAGAGCUUCUAUCAAUGCUGUAGCGGAUUUUGCAUUGAUCUGCUGCAAAAGUUCUCUGAGGAAAUCGGCUUCACUUACGAGCUUGUAAGAGUGGAGGACGGCAAGUGGGGUACUUUGGAGAAUGGAAAAUGGAAUGGACUUAUAGCCGAUUUGGUAAACCGGAAAACCGACAUGGUGAUGACUUCCUUAAUGAUCAACUCUGAGAGGGAAGCAGUAGUCGACUUCACUGUUCCUUACAUGGAGACUGGUAUCGCCAUCGUUGUGGCAAAAAGAACAGGCAUAAUAUCUCCCACCGCGUUUCUAGAACCGUUCGACACGGCUUCAUGGAUGCUGGUGGGUAUUUUUGCAAUACACGCUGCUACGAUAAUGAUACUGCUCUUCGAAUGGGCAUCGCCCUCUGGUUUCGACAUGAAGGUAAACCCUUCAGGCGCUGCGCAAAAACUGAAGAAUCCAUCGACGAAUCAUCGGUUCUCCUUUUGCCGCACGUACUGGUUGGUCUGGGCCGUAUUAUUUCAGGCUGCCGUCCAUAUCGACUCUCCCAGAGGAUUUACAGCCAGAUUUAUGACGAACGUCUGGGCGUUAUUCGCUGUGGUGUUCCUCGCCAUUUACACUGCCAAUCUGGCUGCCUUUAUGAUCACGCGGGAAGAGUUCCAUGAGUUUAGUGGCGUGGACGAUCACAGGCUCGCUAAGCCCUUUUCUCACAAGCCCAUGUUCAAAUUCGGCACCAUACCAUGGAGCCAUACGGACAGCACACUGGCACGGUACUUCAAAGAGAUGCAUUCCUACAUGAAGGCUUUCAACAAGAGCAGCGUGGCGGAUGGUAUCGAAGCUGUCGUCACUGGAGAGAUGGACGCAUUUAUUUAUGAUGGAACGGUCCUGGAUUAUCUGGUCGCUCAAGACGAAGAUUGUCGAUUGCUGACGGUCGGAUCAUGGUACGCCAUGACGGGAUAUGGCCUCGCAUUCUCCAGGAAUUCAAAGUACCUACAAAUGUUCAACAAACGGCUGUUGGAUUAUAGAGAUAACGGAGAUUUGGAGCGAUUGAGGAGAUACUGGAUGACUGGGACGUGCAAGCCCGGCAAGGAGGUGCAAAAAAGUAGCGAUCCUCUGGCGCUGGAGCAAUUCUUGAGCGCGUUUCUCUUGCUGAUGAUGGGCAUCCUCCUGGCGGCGGUCUUCUUGCUCUUGGAACACCUGUAUUUCAAAUAUAUUAGGCAGCAUCUGGCAAAAAGCGACGACGGUGGCAGAUGCGCCAUUUUCAGCCUGAGUGUAGGGAAAUCCUUGACAUUCCGUGGUGCGGUGUAUGAAGCGCAGGAUAUCCUGAGGCAUCACAGAUGCAAGGACCCAAUCUGUGACACCCACUUGUGGAAGGUCAAGCACGAGCUCGACAUGGCCAAGAUCAGGAUACGGCAGCUCGAGAAGGAUCUCGAGGCUCACGGAAUAAAGCCGACCCAGACCAAGAGGAAAACCGGAAGUCUCGGCUGGUGGCGAGGGUGCUUCCAAAGCUCGGACCGCCAUUCACAACCGCCGGACCCAUUGGCGGUGGAAGCUCCGCAUCCGCUACCGCCAUACUUCGAUUCGUACAUCGACGCCGUCGAGGUUGCCCGUCCGAGGGACAUGAGUAGAAACCACGUGGUCAGCACAGAAUACUCCGAGAGAUUCUUGCCCACGGAGAUUUACAGGAUUCCGGAUGACGACGCGACCAGGACGGAAAUCGCCGAAAUGGAGACAGUUCUGUGAUCGUAAGAGGAUCGGCUUCGGUCGCCCGAUCGCGCAGCGCCGGUAGCGGAAGCGCGUGGGACGGACCGGCGAGACCCCGAAGACUCCGGAAACGGCGCGAUCUAGAAAUCGUGUCCAGCUUGCUCCUGCCUCCAACAACGAGACCCACCCACAAACCAUCAAACUCUCGUUCGAUCGAAGACGCUGAUCCGCCGAUAUUGAUCCUCAGGGAUUAUUGUCGCGCAUACGACAAGAUAACGGGAGGAGGAACGUCGUCAGUGCCUAUCGACGAUCGAGAGUCGACCAGCGACCAAGAAGCCAUCACUCGAGGACGUUUCGCGAUUCGAGGAAGUGCAUUUGUUGUUAACAUUCGCGUCACACUCCCGAGAAAUGCAUCCUGCCUCUUUGAAAAGCCCCUACCGAGAGGGAUGCAUCCGCAUGAUUACGUUUGUAGUUGUAUUCGAUGGUGAUCGCCGCGCGUGGAACGUUUUAAUAAAUUGAUAGAUGCUCUUUGCGACGUUCGUAGAAACGUGAACUCACUAACCGAGUCGGAUUUCGGUGUUUCAUGAGAUUCGAUGGAGAGCUUGUUGUUAAUGUACGGUCGACGAGCGAAACUCGCGCUUGAUGUCGACAUCGAAUCACGUAUUUCGUAGUUGUGCGAAGAUUCCUCUUGAAAUUUUGAUCUGUGCCUAGGAUUGUCUGGAUGUGGCUCGCAAUCUGGACCCGUGCGUUGAAUAAUUGACUUCAUUUUGAAGUCAAGUCAAAGUGUGGAAAUUCGGAUCUCUUUGGAAUAGUCUGAGACGGGCGAUUAUCUCAUCGAGAGAGACAGUUUUCAUUAAAUCUUCUGCUUUUCAUUAAAAAUCCAAAUACUUUCAGAAUUAUAAACCCAAUCAUCUGCGGGCAAAAUUUUUAAGAGAAUUGAAAAAAAA